AGACACAUUGAUGGAGCGUUUUGCGGCAUGUCAGUUGAAGUGGGAGCUCUCGUGGCUGUAGCUAACAGAGCAUAGCUUGUUUUAUAAAUUUGGGUUGUCGGUUGUGGAUAAGAGCUCCGGGGUGAAGCUCGGAGGAAGCUCUGUAUCGGUGAGGUUUGUGGCAGCGCUGAUCUGCGGGGUUGAACCAACAUGUGGAGCUGUAGCCGCUUCGUCCUUCAGGAUCUGCUCAGACAGUCUGCUGUCAGGAGCUUUUCUCUGACUCCUGCACAGCACACUGUUGUCGUGGAGCGUUGGUGGCAGGUCCCGCUGUCGAAAGAGGGAAGUCCGCCGAGGCUUUACCCCCGAAGACACCGUAUCUACAAGGUGGUGGAGGACACAAAACAUGCUCCCAAGGAGAAGAUGGAGCUCAUUCUGACUCAAACUGUGGCAAAACUCGGUGGAAGAGGUGAUACAGUGUAUGUGAGGAAGUCUGUCGGGCGGAACAAGCUGCUUGCCCAAGGCCUUGCAGUGUAUCCAUCACCAGAGAACAAACAGAUGUUUGCUGAGGAGCUAAGACUUUUACGCGAGGGCAAACCAGACCAGAGGUUACAAACCAGAACGGGACAACUGACGGUUGACCUUCUUAAACACUCCAAGCUCAAUAUCAUCAAAAUGCCUUCAGAUGAAUUCCAGCUCACUAAAGAAGUCGUCAGCAGACAGUUUGAGAAAAAGCUGGGAGUUGUCGUUCCACCUCAGGCAUUGACUCUGCCUUUUGAGCCAAUAAAGGACGUGGGCGACUACUGGUGUGAAAUUACAGUGAAUGGAAUUGACACAGUUCGCAUCCCCAUGUCCCUGUUACCACACGAAGAUCAGUCUGCGACCUCCCAGAAGCAGAGAAAGGCACAACGGAAGCUGCAGGAGGCUGAUCUUGCCUCACAGGCCGCCGCCGAGGAGGAUGGCAUUUUAAAAUCCAUUUCUGAGACAGAGGAAGCAGAGGACGCCAAAAACUCUGAGACAUUGACUGCCCACACCCAGCAGGGAUCAACACCAAGUGAUAACUCAAAUGAAAAGUAACAGACUUCUGAAUAAUUAAGUAAAUAUCAAGCUGAUGUUUUUUGUAUUACUAAAUAAAAACACAAUAUGUAUCAAUAA